GGAUUCGGGAGUUAUAAACUCAAAAACAACACUGGUGGUCCCCGAGAAUGCAGCAGUGCCCCGGACAGAGAGGUCUGCACAUUUCAAGGCUCUGUAAGUCAUAGUAAGACAGAACAAUACACACAAACUGUGGAAGAGAUGGCUGUGAGGCCUGGAGCGCUGCACCUGGAAAUCACUGCGACCGGGUCGUUCAUCAUUGAGGGGAAAUUAGGAACUCAGUCAGCCUGACAAUUGGAGGAAGGACGGCCGAGCUUCCCUCUGAUCAAGUUCCCUCUGUCCAAAAGAUGUCAACCGCCACCGCAGAGAGUGUAGGAAGUGGAACCAAACCCUCAAAGGAUCAUAAAAAGCCCACGGCGGCCGCCCUGAAAGGAGCCAUCCAGCUGGGCAUCGGUUACGCUGUGGGAAACCUCAGCUCGAAACCAGACAGAGAUGUUCUCAUGCAGGACUUCUCUGUGGUGGAGAGCGUUUUCCUGCCCAGUGAGGGCAGCAACCUGACUCCAGCACAUCACUACCCAGAUUUCCGUCUGAAAACGUACGCGCCGCUGGCCUUUCGCUACUUCAGAGAGCUGUUUGGCAUCAAACCAGACGACUAUCUGUACUCCAUCUGUAAUGAGCCUCUGAUCGAGCUGUGCAACCCCGGCGCCAGCAGUUCCUGGUUCUACCUCACCAGCGACGAUGAGUUCAUCAUUAAGACGGUGCAGCAUAAAGAGGCUGAGUUCCUGCAGAAGCUGCUUCCUGGUUACUACAUGAACCUGAAUCAGAACCCGAGGACGUUGCUGCCCAAGUUCUACGGCCUUUACUGCAUCCAGUGCGGCGGCGUCACCGUCCGCGUGGUGGUGAUGAACAACGUGCUGCCGCGCGCCAUCAAGAUGCACUACAAGUACGACCUGAAGGGUUCCUCGUACAAACGCCGCGCCUCACGCAAAGAGCGUCUCAAGUCCUCGCCCACGUUCAAAGACCUGGACUUCCAGGAGAUGCACGAGGGCCUGCACUUCGACCCCGACACCUACAGUGCUCUGAUGAAGACCCUGCAGAGGGACUGUCGGGUCCUGGAGAGCUUUAAGAUCAUGGACUACAGUCUGCUGCUGGGGAUUCACAUUUCUGACCGGAAGCCGCUGAGCAGAGAAAGCCGGUGUGACAGCAGGCGGGGACAGAAAGUCCUCUACUCCACCGCCCUCGAGUCCAUCCAGGGGAACGCAAAGGCCCCCGAACCGGUGGCUGAUGACGACACAUUGGGUGGAAUUCCUGCCAAACAUAAAGACGAGAACCUUCUCAUCUUUUUAGGAAUCAUCGACAUCCUUCAGUCCUACAGAUUCAUCAAGAAGGUGGAACACUCCUGGAAAGCUCUUGUACAUGACGGGGACACGGUGUCGGUGCACAGGCCCAGUUUUUACGCGGACAGAUUUCUGAAAUUCAUGGGCUCGACCGUAUUUAAAAAGACUCACCCUUUAAGAGGAGCAUCCUCAAAGAGGAAGAGGGGUUCCCUCUACGCAGGGAAGUCAGCCUCUCAGGAGUUUCUGUCCCCGCAGAGAGAGGAGAGGAAGGAGGAGAAGAAGGCUCAAAGCAUGGACAACCUGGAUGGAAACAUGUACAGUUCCUCCAGGCAACCGGACCUUCUUCCGAGAGUUUCUUUCAAGUCCACUGGAGAUUCUGAAGAGUACCUUGAAAACAGUGAGGAGCGGCGAGCCUCCAGUUCAACGAUCGCUCUGGACGAUCCUCUGCCGUCUCUCAGCAGGAGCCAAUCAGAGUCUGAACUGGACGUCUACUUGGCUGCCACUGGUUUUCAGUCGUUUCAGUAAGUGAGGAGUCACCCGGACUUCUGACCUUUGACCUCUGGGUCCCACAGUGGGGAGACAUCAGGACCACACAACAUGUUGAUGUCCGUUUCUUUAUUGUGAGCAUCCCUCUGUGCCUCUGCGACUUUCCUUUUUUGGGUCAAAGUAUAAAACGAAAAGCCAAGCCACUGGUUCUUUUGUAGAAAUCCCUGUUAAAUGAUUAACAGAUGGGGAUACAGUCUGUGUUCAUGUGAUCACUGAAGCACUCUUUUAAUAUAAAACACUAUGAAGAUGUUUCUUCUCCUGUUGUUUGCACUUUGCUGCUAAGUUAACAACAGUGCUAACAAAAAAACUUCAGUUUGACCUCUUCUCUUGGCUGUCGGAAUUUCUGUGCAAAUGUUCAAAUGUUCUCAGCGGCUGGAUCCCUGAAGAAAUAGAUUGUAUUGUAACUUAAUUUGCAACAGGCAAAACCAUGCGGUUAUUUUUGAAAUCAUAUAAUUAUAUAGAGCCGUGUUGAGAUCAGUCUGAUGUCAGGAAUCUGAAUGAAAGAUUUAUCUGUGGAGACAUUCAUAAAUUCAUGAGCGAUGCAGUGUUUAUACCCUUAUAAACAUUAUGUACAAUUGAUUUUAGAUUCCCAAUUUGCAUAAAACAAUAUAUCUAUGCUACACAAUUAUAAAUGUAUUAUAUAUUCUCUGUGCGUUUUUUUUCUUUUUCCCCCAGACAUGUAUCUGCUACCACCAUGACAAAAAAAGUAUUUGCUCAGUUUUUCGUUAAAUAUUUUUUUCAUGUUACAAUGACAUAUUUUCCCUGUUAUUACUACAGCAACCCGCUGUACAGUUUUCAGUCCUUGGCCUUUCAUGCAUCCCUGUGUACGUUUCAUCUUCACUGGCAUUUAUUCAAACUAAUGCCUGUUAUAAAGUGUUUUGAGUGCUGGAGGUAAAUAAUGUACAUAAUGUCAACUGUCUUCCAUUUGUCCACAUGCCUUCAAAGCUCUGUGCUUUUAUGGGAUGUACAGGCCUACAACUGUAUUAUAGCAAUACUUUGAACUUGAAUCUGUGAAAUAAAUUAAUAUUUUAUGUUCUUAAAUAUUCAUUGUUUUGAGAAUUAUAAUUCAGUGUAAGUGUAUAUCCAACAUUUUGGAAAAUAAAUCACUGUGUAAACAAA